AGCACUGAGAUAUGGAGGACAUGUUGAAAUACGUUGUGUUGGUAGGGCACUUUAUCGCCCCAGGAUCCAGGAUCACUGCGUUCAGUACUAUUGUGUUUGGGUUAGUGUUGAUACUACCUGGGAUUUCCUCCGGUUCUAUCAAAGCGGAAAUGCACAUCCCACGUGGAAGUCGUGUGAACAUGUUUGACCUCUACAACAUGAACGGUGUAGAGUGUAGCGUUUCCGGGUCGGGAUUGUUUCGAAGCAAGGACAUUGAUAUCAAAAGAAGACCAGAAUGUCCAAACCAGGUUUGGAUAUAUUUUGAUAAUUGGGAAUGGCAAAUCCGAUAUGAUCCUUCCUCUGAAUCAGCAACUUUGAAAUCCUGGAUGAAGGAGACACCCACUCACUAUUACCCGAAAGACGGUCCUGGGAAUGUUACCGUGGAUACGGGUGUUCCGGACUUCGACUUUGUCAUGUACGACGACAGUACUAGUAACAUUCGUGCGGCCGUCUACAAUAAACGUGAUGACGUCACAAGGCCUCGAUUCUUCUACAGCAGAACCCCUCUGCCUAAAUCCGCUUUACAAGAUAGUCUUACUAAUACAACAGCAGCUACUUUUGAAGAAGCAGACAUGAUGAAGAUUCGACUCGUUUUCAAUGACACAAUGUGUGACCCAGUUAUAAAUGCUAAAAUGUACAACACCUGCGCUGAGGCCUUAGAUACAGAGUACUGUCCUUGCGACUGUGCGUACUACGACAAACUCAAAUACUGGGAAGAAAACCCACUUCCGGAAGGCUUGACGGACGACGAAAAGAAAGAGACGGUUAGACCGGAAAUGGAGGCAACAAAGAAACAGUUAACUGUAAACAAAACCGACCUAUCGUCCUUUCGAAACAAAAAAAUAAGCGCCUCUGACGACAGAUCUUCUGCCAAAGGCUUGGGCAUGCUCGGUGCUAUUAUGCUGGGUCUCGUGUUCGGUUCACUUGUCUUGUGUGACCUCGUGUCUCUGAAAAGACAUGCCAACAAUGUAAGGGGAAACUGGUCUUGUUUCAAAACAUGAAACUGACUUGAUCUUUUGUUUGAAAGGAUGACGUUGAAGACAGGAACAUUUAAAGAUUAUUUAAAAGGUAGAUAGUACCGAAUUAGACGUUAUGUUUUAACAAGCAGUCAAUAUUUUUACCAACGACCGACCAUACAGACUCGAAAACUUGUCUGAGAUUUAAAUCUGACGGGAGUGUACAGGUUGAUAACUAUGUUCCUGUGAUAAACUUUAUUUCAGUGUUUGAAUAAAAUAAUCGCUAUCCAGUCAGGGUUUUGAGGAACAAUUUCCCUUUUCUCACUCCACUGGCUAGACACUGUUUAAAGCAUAUGGCUAGGCAAAUAUGGUCUGAUAUAGAGAAAAUUAACAAUCAUGUGGAAAAGCAAUAAAUUACAUUGUAUCAUAUGUUGGUAUGUAAAAAUGAUAAUUGCUAUAGUCAUACAAAUUGUUCUUGUUCGAUUUGAACAACACCUUCCAUGACUAUGUGAUAUAUCGUUCCUUUGUCAUUUUGACAUGGGAAUGUGAAGUUAUCUUCCCUUUUUUAAAUAUGUAUGCAAUAAUUUAUUUUAUGUAGAAAGGGAGCAAAGUAGAGCAACACAUUGUAAAUUACUGUUUGUUUUUUUGUUGCUGUUUUUUUGUCAUUAAAUAUCACUAUCUAAUUGUUAUUUUAGGUUUACCAUAACACUUUUGUAACCAGAAUAACGAGAUAUUUUCAGUUUGAGGGGUGUUUUGAUUUGAAAAAGAAUGUUGCAUUGAGUUUUUAAAUGUAUAAAUUUGAGGGACAGUUUAAAAUCUGUUUAAUAUAAUUCGUUGUCCUUUAAAAGUAUCAUAUGUGUUUUUGUUAUUGUACUUCAAAAAAAUUACAAUUCACGUGUGUUUCAAUUUGUAUAUAGUUUAAUUCACGUAUAUAGCAAUGGAUGUAUAUGAUGAUUCACGUGCGUCACCAUUAACGUUUUUACAUUAUAUAGAUCACGGAUACAAUGUACAAUAUUCUAUAAUCAAAUGAAUAAUGUAGAUGGGAAUUCACAAAAGAAUAAGAUAUAACUAGACCUUUCCUUUGUUAAAUGGUUUAAAUAGACUUUCAAAUGAUUUGUUUUAUAAAUCAUCAACUGCUAUUGUCAUUUGUGACACGGAAAUAUUUUCAGUCUAUCCCAUAUAAUUAGUUUCUUACUCUUCUAAGUCAAUUAUGAAUAAAACGAUGAACGUAACACACACAGGUGAUUGCACCUUUAAAAUACAAUAUGAUACAA